AUGCCUGGUGAGAUUUUCUGGGGGGUUUUCAGACAGAACUAUGCCAUACCCAGCGUCCUCUCUGAGAAGCAGUUUCAAUGUUCCAUCUGCUUAGACAUCUUUGACAAUCCAGUUUCCACCCCAUGUGGACAUAGUUAUUGCAUGAACUGCAUUGGGCAUUACUGAAAUGGAGUCAACCUCUAUCAGUGCCCAUUGUGCAAGAAAUGCUUCAAGAAGAAACCUGAUCUCCACAUCAAUCAUACUCUACAAGGGAUCACAGAGCAUUUCAAGAAGAUGAAAGAAGACACUGGAUCAUGUGGUGGGUUUGGGAGAGGAGAAUUACAAGGAAGAUGGAUGGAGAAAAGGGCACUAAAACAAUUGCAGCUGCCUGGGGAUCUCUUUAUUGAAAUGAAGCAUAGGUUUCCCAAGCCUUCUCCUCCUUCUGAAAAUUAUAACUGUCAGUCACCUGACCAACAACAAAUGUGGACAGAAGGAAAUUUAUCUGAUAAAUUGCAGCCCCAAGAGCUUUCGAGAAGAGUGUCUCUCAGGAGAUACACUCUGAGUGGAGCUGCAGACAGCAAGAAAGUGUCGCAUUGUGCAAAUCAUCACCAUAAACUGGAUCUCUUCUGCAAAUCUGAUGGGGAGUGUAUCUGCUCAGAGUAUGAAGAUUUAGAUCACCAAUCUCAUAACAACAUCCCUGCAGAAAAGAAGUGGCUGACAAGCAAGAUUCAGAUUAACAUCACCGAAGCAAAAAUACAGGAAAUGAUUGGACAAAGGCAGAGGAAAAUAGAGGAGAUUAAAUUAAAAAAAUUAAAAAAGUAAAAAAAAAAAAAAAAAAAAAAAAACAUGUGCAUAUUUGGAGAUCUUCUGAGCUCUGUUGAGCACAGCCAGGAUGAGCUGCUGGGACAUAAAACAGAAGGAAUGAUCAGAGAAUUGGAGAUGGAGCUCAAAGAGCUGAGAAAGAGAAGCAUCAAGCAUCAAACAUACUACUAUUUACCCCAAGUUACCAAGACUCCCAUGCCAGUCAAGGAAUGGGUUGAAGUCACAGUGACCUUUGAUCUUGGUACAAAGUCAGUCUACACUUCAGUAUGUGAACUCCUAGCACAGUUCCAGGAGGAAAAGAUAAAGAAAAUACAGGGGUAUGCAGUGGAUGUGACCUUUGGCCCUAGUACAGUUCAUCCUUGUCUCAUCCUGUCUGAAGACAGGAAGCAAGUGAGGUGUGGAGAAAAGCACCAACUCAUUCCCAACAACCCAGAGUGCUUUGAUUGUAUAGUGUGUGUGCUAGGCCAAGAGGCCUUUACAGAUGGUCGGCACUACUGGGAAGUGAAGGUGGGAGGCAAGACAGACUGCCAUUUGGGGGUGGCCAGCCACUCUGUAAACAGGUAGGGAAAAGUAACUGUCAGCCCCAGCAAUGGAUACUGGUUGCCCAGCCUAUGAAAUAAGACCAACUAUGCCAUUGGAACAGACCAUUCUCUCAACCUUUCCCUUACCCCCAAUCCCAGAAAGUUAGGUGUGCUUGUGGACUAUGGGAAAGGGCAGGUUUCCUUAUAUAAUGUGGAAGCUAAGCUGCACAUCUACACCUACACAGAUAUGUUUUGUGAGGCCAUCUAUACGUUCUUCUGUUCCUGCACUAACAAGUCGGACCAGAAUGAUGCAGCACUUGUCAUUACAUCUGUUUUGUUUCCAGUCUGA